UAGUUGUGGUUAUUUUCUCUUUAAUCAAUUAUUUAUGGUCAUGAAGUUCCAACCUUUCCAAAAAAAAAAAUCAAAUCGUGAAGUUCCACCAGAUCUCCUUGAUCGAAUGUUUCUAAAUCCAGACACAUGAACUCAAUUCCAGAAAUUCAACAGUGAGAUAUUUUGACGAGGAAUGAUUAAUCAAAGUAGAAGAACUGUAAUCGUAGCUUGAAUCGAAUUUUGGGACAAGGAUAACGAUGGCUUCGCCGGACAUUGCUGGAAUAUUGGACAACUCGAAGGAGCUUGAUCGGUUAAGGAAGGAGCAGGAAGAGGUUCUCAGCGAGAUCAAUAAGAUGCACAAGAAGCUUUUAACAACUCCUGAGGUGGUUGAAAAGCCAGGAGAUAAUUCCUUAGCAAAACUGAAGCAUCUAUAUACCCAUGCUAAAGAUCUUUCUGAAAGUGAAGUAAGUGUUUCCAAUAUGUUGAUGAAUCAACUUGAUGCCCUGCUUCCUUCUGGAACUCAAGGGCAGCAACGUCGAAGAGUUGAAGGCAGUGAACAGAAGAGGAAGAGAAUGAAAUCUGAUUCCGAUAUUUCAAGACACUCUCCCUCCAUGCGAACCCACAUAGAAGCUUAUGCUACUAUAAAAGGCGAACAGGUAGCAGCUAAGGUAAAUGCAGGAGAUGGUGACAAGGAUGAGUGGUUUGUUGUAAAGGUGACACACUUUGAUAAAGAAACGAAAGAAUUUGAAGUGCUAGAUGAGGAGCCUGGGGACGAUGAAGAGAGUACUGGUCAAAGAAGGUACAAAGUGCCGCUAUCAGCUAUUAUUCCUUUCCCCAAGAAAAAUGAUCCUUCUAGUGCCCCAGAUUUUCCUCAUGGAAGACAUGUUUUAGCGGUUUAUCCAGGAACUACUGCACUGUACAAGGCGACUGUGGUAAAUGGCCCUCGUAAGAGAAAGAUUGAUGACUAUGUACUCGAAUUUGAUGACGACGAAGAAGAAGAUGGAUCCUUACCGAAGAGGGAAGUGCCCUUCCAUAAGGUGGUUGCCUUGCCAGAAGGACAUCGACAGUGAUUACUGUUGUGAAUAAUGAAAAUGGCUUAUGAUUUUGUAUAGCUUAAGCCUUAUUGAAAACUAUGUACUUGGGUAGCAUUAUGGGACAAGAUGGCCUUUAGCUGUUUUACUUUCAUAUUUAAUUUCAGCAAUAAUACUCUAAAGGCUAAAGGCUGGUAAUUUAUUUAGUUAGGGAUAAAACUACACAAUUUUUUAAGUACAAGAACUGUCUUCAAUCUAAGUACAUAUAUUUUUUAUAUUGUAUAA